GAAGAUCUACAACAUCAGCAUUUCAACAAAGGAUCAUUUUUCCAAAAAAACUUCUAGGACAAGAAAAACUAAGACUCAGAUUCGGGGUCGACCACUAUCCUGGAUGUCCCAACUUCUGCGCACUCUGGUCAGCGAUGACUUGAAGCAGCGUCUUGACGCAGAAAUGAGCAUAUUUGCCGUUGAAGAUUUGGUGCAAGACGUGGAUGAGCUCGAAGAAGUCGCAAAUUAUCUGCAAACAUCUACUUUCAACAUCAACAUGGGUGGAGGAAUAGGUAAUAUGGAAGUGGACGAACAAAGCGUAACCAACGCACAAGGUGUCGUUUCCGCCUUCAGACGUGCUGCUAGCGAGGUGGGGCAAGCCUUUGGUGGGAGUGCAAAAGUGUACGAGGAGAAAUUGAGCGCCGCUAGUUUUCCAGUGGCAAAGGCGAUGGCAGAUUUGAAGCACAGAAUUGAGAAGGAGUUUCUAGAACCAAGAGGGAAAGACUUGAACACGGGAGGUUACUUCUUGUCUACAACUAGUACUAGCCGCGAGGAACUUGAUGUUCAAGUGGCUGGUGCAACAGCCACGACCUCUGACAGGAAAUCCAGAGCACGUGAAGCAAUGGCUACUAUCAACAGGUGUAUUCUAAUGGCGACACUUCGUCCGGAUUACCAGGACGACGAUAACUCGAAUCACGCGAGUGUGAAAGCCGCAGUCGAUGCACUGGAGCAGAAGGUUAGAAUGUUGGAGUUCAAUAGCUCCGGGGCGGAUGUCAUACUUCAACAAGCACGUUCCUGGCUCUCGAUUGAAAAUAAAGUAGGACGAAGAACCAUCAACAAUGUCCUCUCCUCGCACAAGAACCCGAAUCCAGAAGAUGCUCCUUUAGCGAAGGGUACGCCCUUGCUGUUAGCCUCCAUGGAUCUGUGGCGAGACUUUUUGGAGUUGUUGGCGAAUAAGCUGGCAGACCACUUUGUUUUCCUGCAUUCCAGAUACAGCAAUGAAGACAUGCGUUCACGCGUCUGCGAUCGAACACUCACUGAAACUAGGAGAAUCUUUCGUGCAACUACUGGUUCUGGUAGUAGCAGUAGUGCACGACAUCAAGUUCCAACUUCAUCAGAAUGGCUAACCGUUUCGGGAGCAGCUGAGAUAUCUCAAAAAAUCCUUCUACCACGUAACGCACGCUUACUUCGGAAAUUGGCUUCCAAGCAAGGAAGAUCUCCUGUACUCGAAGACCGUGCUAGAUUUUGGCAGUUUUUCAAGUUUGUGGAGGAAUACAACUUCAACAGCCCUGGUGAUGCCGCCGAAAAUGAUCUGCAACAUCUAAGAAGCCUGCCCAUCAUUGUUGCUUUAUCUCAACUCAGUGCUGGUGCAGAAUUCAUCUCCGCAGAAGCUGUGUCAAAACUUCUAGCCAAACAUUACCCUACCAGAGUGUAUCUUUGGGCUAUACAGGGUGGAGACGAAUAUCAAAAACAGUUAGACGCUGAAGCUGCCUUGGGGGCAACAAGAUCAAAAAGUGGUCGUGGAGCUACAGUACAGCAAGGACAAGGACAGCAACCCAGUCAGCUAAAAGAGCCCCCUAUCGUGUGCCCCCUGUCGGCUCCGGAGUAUCCUGGUGUGGACUUUUCUAUGCAUGGGCACGAACUCCAGGCUGAGGCUAGGCUCUUCGCGUACAAGGUCUUCGCGUUUGGAAUCCGUUCCUGGGGUGGCGCUCAAAUCCAGCGUCUUCUAAGACCUGCAUGGCAGUUUUCUCUUGUCGGAGCGCAAACGAUGGAAGCACUCGUCGGGACUGAGCGUCCUCCUUCGGUAGAUCCUGAAAAAGCAUGGGCGAGCAGUACUGGUAGUACUGGCAGUGAUUCUAGCACUGGAACUGAAGGUGAAGACCAAGACGAUCCGUGGAAGCGGUUUUUGGAGAAGGCUCAACUAGUAGAAAGUGCUGUCGCUGACCAAGACACCUGGUUGAGUGCACUGGCAAAACAGGCGGAAAAAGUUCUUACCGGUGAAGUCCAGGCAUUGAUAUACGAGUGGUAUGCGAAGUUGGUGAAUGGCAGUUUGAUUGUGGUUGGUGGAGGUCAUCAAGGAGGAGGACGAGUGGGAAACGGAGGCUCAUCUCCUGGUGAUUCUAGUGAGGAGGAUCUGCUCACUUUUUCAGCCGAGUUCCAGCACAUUCGCAAAAACGGUCAAGAGCAUUUGGGAGCCUCUAUGCAAAUCUUAGCAGACGAGUUGCUUAGCGAAGAAGCAUUUAAGCAAGACGAACGAGUUUUCAAUAACUACGCAACGUCGACUCUGGAGUUUCUGGCGAAAUUGCAGGGUCGCUUGGUCGACCACUAUCCUCCACAAAUGCUGCAAAUGGUGAAC